AUGGCUGAAAUUCAGCCCAACGACACUCAUCUCUCUAAAGAGAGAAAGAGAACUAGAGUACAACUUUCCUGCACAGCUUGCAGAAGUCGAAAACUAAAAUGCUGCCGUACACACCCUUGCACCAACUGCUUGAAGAGAGGCGAGGCUCAUUCAUGUACAUUUGUCGGCCGCGGACCCCGAGGGAGGUCAUCUCAUGGCCGAGCCAGUCCAACUCAUGUCCAGGAUCGCUUGCAGCAUCUUGAAAACUUGAUUAUGUCUUUUGCCCAGCGGAAGCAACAGGAAGAACCCCAAACCCAGAGUGACUCCUCCCCAUCAUCAGGGCCUCCGCCUAGUGUAUUGUCAAGGGAGCAGCCAGCGGCGCUGACGACCCCUUCGCCACCUAAGCCUGAAGGAUCUGAGCCGGAAAAUGAAGGUUCUCCUCCCGGAGGGAUUGGAAAGCUGCUUGUAAAAGAUACCGGGACAAGUUAUAUCGACAGUGCGCAUUGGAAAGCUAUUCUUGAAGAAAUAAACGAGUUUAAGGAGUCAUUGGAAGGUGAUGAUGAGUUAUCAGAUGAAGAAGACCUCGAGAAUGAUGGCUCCAAUGAUAUGGAGCCAAUGAUUUGGUUUGGGAUAAGCAAACAAGUAAGCAAGGAGGAAUUGCUAUCUGCUAUACCACCUCGGGAAAUAAGCGACAGGAUGGUCUCCUAUUUUAUGAACUCAAUGGAGCCUAUAGUUGCGAUCCUCCAUGUUUCAACCUUUCAAAAAGAGUAUACUAGCUUUUGGUCCAAACCACAACAAGUUUCCCUCCCGUGGCUUGGAAUGUUAUAUUCAAUCCUGACACUAAGUACUCUGUUUUACCAACGUAUUGGGGACCCGAUACAUGGUCUUACUGGAGAUUACACCGAAGUCUGCAAUAUCUUCAGAAAACGAAGUGCACAAUGCCUUGUACAGUCGAAUUAUAUUGUUGCAGGACAGUACAAAGUUGAAGGACUAUUUCUCUAUACUAUGGGAGAGUUCUACAAAAAGCAUGAUGUCAAAUCAGGUGUUGCGUACCUUUUAGGUAUUACGAUCAAACUAGCUAUGCAGAUGGGCUAUCACAGGGAUCCACAACAAUUCCCAGCUAUAUCUGCUUAUGAAGGAGAAAUGAGAAGGCGUGCAUGGGUGUUUCUCUGCCAGCUUGACGCUUUGAUUUCAUUUGAGGUCGGUGUUCCCCGGACAAUACAAGACGGGCAAUAUGACACAGAGCUACCACGUAACCUGUCCGAUCAAGAUUUCAGUGAAGAAACAUUGCACCUUCCUCCAUCACGGCCGUUGAGUGAGAUAACGACAUCGACGUAUGUCAUUUCCAAAUCUCGCUUAAUGAUUGUAUUCGGGAAGAUUCUCGAUAUGGCAUUUUCGCGAAUACCAGUGACAUAUGAGGAAACCCUGGAAGUCGACCGACGACUUGAAGAAGCACAUAGCCUAAUGCCUCCUGCAUAUAAGAUUCGACCCAUUAACCAGUCGCUUGCAGAUCCUCCAGAGUUGAUAUUCCGGCGAUUUACCCUGUUAAAUGUAUACCAGAAGGCUCGCUGCGUUCUUCAUCGGAGGUACCUGGGAGAGGAGCAUACCCACCCGCGGUACGCAUACUCACGGAUGGUAUGCAUCAGUGCGUCCAAAAAGAUCCUACAGGUUCAUGCCGACCUACACCGUGAAAUUCAACCAGGGGGGCUGCUGUAUCGGAACCGACUAUUCCCCAACUCAAUUCAGUAUAACGACUAUCUCCUUGCCGCCAUGAUUCUUUGCAUGGAACUGUCAUAUAACCACGCUGCUGGAUCUCCGGAGUCAAGAAAUGAUGAUGUGGCUGUCGUGGUCAAGGAUCGGGACGAUCUGAUAUCUACGUUGGAAAAUUCACACCAAAUACUCAAGGACCUGAGCCAACAAUCCACGGACGCUCAAAAAGCUCACGCAGCAUUAACAAUCAUGCUCCGUAGAGUAAAGGGCGGCCUGCAUACUAUACCACCACCGAAAACAAAUAUCCCAAGCACGACAACAACAAACAGUCAGAUUACUGAGGCAGAUCAUGGUAAGCUUCCGGUUUUAUUUAGACACACAAUAGAACGUGCUAAUCUGAUUAUAGCGCCGCCACCACCAUAUGAUGACUGGUCGAAACUAGACACAUCAACUUUGGACAACCCACUAUUCCCUGCAAACCUGGUACCAGAGCCUAUAUCUGCUAUGGGUGCACCACCGUAUGGGUCUCUUGACGUGAUUGGGGAAAUGCUUGAUACACCCGCCAAUCUUGAUUGGCAACUUUGGGACCAACAAAUUCAAAACCGGGAGAAUCUUAUGAACGUGGAUAGUAAUGAUUUGUGGUAUGUGCAAUAG